AUGGCCGAUGAAGAUAAAAAAGACACGAAAAAUCAAGUAGAAGAAUUGUACGCAUGGAUCUCUAAGAUUCCUCUUUCAAAACCAACAAAGAAUUUAUCACGAGAUCUUUCGGAUGCUGUAAUAAUAGCGGAAAUUCUUAAAAUAUAUUAUCCUCGUUACGUUGAUCUCCAUAAUUACGUGUCAGUGAACAGUAUAACUGCAAAAAAAGACAAUUGGAACAUGUUAAAUCGGAAAGUACUAAGCAAAAUCGACAUGAAAUUAACUAAAAGUGUUAUCAAUCAAUUGGCGAAUUGUCACCCCGGAGCUGCUGAAAAUAUGUUGCUAGAUAUAAGAAAGAAAAUCGUGCAAGAUGGAGUUGAUCUUCAGAUUCCUCAAAAGCAACCACAAAACGACUUUGUCGAAGAGGGUAACAUACCUGAUGAUGAAUCAGUGCCAUGUUCUGUUGCUCAACCAACUUCGAACUCUCUUGAUUCUAAGACAUCAAUAUUCUCACGUGCUAAACAAAUGAUCAGCUUUAUCUUUGGAUGGUUCAUAAGUUGGCUGUGCAUCUGGAAUUACUUUCAAGACACGAAAUUACAAUUAACGAAUCAACUUCGAAAUUUCUUGGAAGAAAAUGCCAAGGCGUCCAACGAAAAGAAUAUAAACGAGGAGACUGACGUCCGUGUGAAAAUAGUGCAAAAAAUGCAAGAGCUUCACGUCAUGAUGUGUAACUUAAAUCACAAGCUUACGUACCUCGAAAGUAUAACGAAGUUGAAAGACCUGUGAAUAUGCAAUCUAACAGACCUUGGAGAACGCUGUGGAAUCCGAGCAAUUUGCUAGAAAACAUGAUGUUCAAGAAAAAGUGAAAAGUAGAGAAAUAAUGCCAAGGAUAAUAAAUAAAUAUCAUAGAACAGAAUCGAAUAUUUGUCGCUUUAUUUGCUUUAAAAAACGCGAACGUUCAUUGAUUCUCAUAUUUGCACAUUUGAAUAUUUAAUCAUCGCGUCAUUACGAAAGUUUUCCGCGGAAAUAAAUUUACAUUUACUUCUACGAAACUUGUAGUAAAUAAUCCUUCGUGCAAAGAAACAUCAUAGCGUCUGAAUAUUAAUAAAUAUCCAAAAUAAAAUAAAUUUAGGAAAAUUUAGGAAAAUCUAAAAACGCACGAAACUCCGUAGUUAAAUACUAUUCUUUCGCUUCAAUGUCCAAGGAAAAUGCUUAUAAUGUACUUAUAAUGUGCUUAUCAUUUCUGCACUGGGGACGAAGUUUUUUGCUUCUGAAAAUCGUCAUACCGGCCAAAAGCAACGACAAAACGAAAAUAUGCACGCUAUUUGACUACGCUCGACAUUAUAAAGGGAAAAGAGAAACAUACUUGACACGGACUAACUACGUGAAU